CACAGCUGGCAUGUGUCACGGAGAGGUCGGCAUGUGUGGGGGAACGGCCAUUGUGGGCGGUGGAACGGUGUCAGUGCUGGAACGACUGCUGUGGGUGGUGGAACGAGUUCGAGCCAUGACCGUCGUGGGUUCCGUAUCCCGGUGGCGGUGGGGAGGCUGCCGCAGAGACUCAGCGGCCGGACCACAGUGCUGCUGGUCGCGCUGCUGGCCGGCUCCAUGCUGCUGCUGCACUCGGCCGGAUCCGGACACAUGAGUCCAGCCGCGCUGGGGCAGCACUACAGUCAGAUCCGCAGUGCCGCCCACAGUCAGCUCCGCAGCCUGCUGGGCAGUGCCGGCAGCGAGCCGCUCAGUGCCGGCAGGGAGACGGUCAGCUCCAGCAGAGAGACGGUCAGUGCCGGCAGCGAGCCGCUCAGCGCCGGCAGCGAGCCGCUCAGUGCCGGCAGCGAGCCCCUCAGCUCCGUCUACUGCUCGCAGGCGUGCCCGUGCGCCUGCCGGCCGUGGCGGAGGCCGGAGGACGGCGAACCUCCCGAGCCGACCGUCUCCAACUGCGGGCCCACCGCCGACCGGCGCGGCGCGCGACAGAACGUGCUCGCCUACAGCUUCUAUGGGACUGACGUCAAGUCCUACCUGAGUGGAGUCAAGCGGAACGCGAUGCGCUCCCUCGAGUUCUAUCCCGGCUGGACAAUGCGCGUCUUCCACGAUGGCAAAGCUAACUUCACAGAAUGGAAUAAGACAGCCUGCGAAGUCACUUGCCAGUUUCCGAGUGUGGAUCUCUGUGACGUGCGCCAGCUGCCCGGUAUCGGAGACAUCAGCAGCCAGGUGGGAUCGGUUUGGCGGUUCGCCGUCAUCGCCGACGAGUCCGUCGAGCGGUUCCUGAUACGGGACCUCGAUUCCAUUUUGACGCAGAGAGAACGCGACGCUGUGACUGAGUGGCUCGAGUCCAACAAAACGUUCCACGUAAUGCGGGAUCACCCGUGGCACGGAACAGAGAUUCUGGCCGGCAUGUGGGGCGGGUGGAACCGCUACAACGACAAGUACCGCAUCCUCAGGCAGCAGAUGCUCGAAACAGUUAAACCCAAUGGAAAGAAAUCAUGGGACCAACACCUACUGAAGACCAUUCUGUGGCCGGAAAUGGUGCGAACUCGUGACGUCAUGUCCCACGACAGCUACCUGUGCAACAAGUACCCGUUCACUCAGCCGUUUCCCACAAAGCGCGCCAACAUGACAGAGUUCGUCGGCUCAACGUUCACCAGAUACACGCUAACGGUGAAAAAAGAGUGCCCGCUGGCCUGCAGGCCGCCGAAACACAUGGACUGGAAAUACUGCUGAGGCAGACUACUCGACGAUGGUCUCAAUAGUUAAUGGCAUGCAGCGUGUUCCAAAAGCUAUACAGAACUAUUGGUAGUCCAUGGUGUACCUAAUAAAUUCCCUUGAUGUGUAUUGCCUUGAAGUGUACCUAUUUAUUUAUAAUUGUGCAUUGUGUAAUGAUAAAUAUGACCAGGUUUCCAAGA